CCUGUGGCUGAUCGGCGGUGAGUGAAGAGAUCAGCUUUCUCUGCUAGUUCCCACCCUCGGACUUCUUAGCCCCUGGAAUGCGAGAGAGGCUCAGGGAGUUCCCGGAGUGGGGCGUAGAGGGAGCCACUGGUGGGGACCUUCCUAGGGUCCCUUUCCCUUCGUGGGGUGCUAUGGAGUUCCCAGAACACAGCCAGCAGCUGCUGCAGAGCCUCCGAGAGCAGCGGUCGCAGGGUUUCCUUUGUGACUGCACGGUGAUGGUGGGUAGCACCCAGUUCUUGGCCCAUCGGGCUGUGCUGGCCUCCUGCAGCCCAUUUUUCCAGCUUUUCUAUAAAGAGCGGGAACUGGACAAGAGGGAUCUGGUGUGUAUCCACAACGAGAUUGUCACAGCCCCAGCCUUUGGGCUGCUUCUGGACUUUAUGUAUGCUGGCCAGCUGGUCCUGAGGGGGGAUACCCCUGUGGAGGAUGUGCUGGCAGCUGCCAGCUACUUGCACAUGAAUGAUAUUGUCAAGGUGUGUAAGCGGCGGCUGCAAGCCCGGGCCCUGGCAGAGGCGGAUAGUACCAAGAAGGAGGAAGAAACCAACUCACAGCACCCUAAUUUGGAGUUUUUGUCCAGCACUUCCCGUGGCCCCCAACCUUCGUUGGCAUCUGCAGAGACAUCAGGCCACUGGGGCAAAGGGGAAUGGAAAAGCUCAGCAGCUCCCUCACCUACUGUCUGUCCUCCAGAUGAGCCACCGAUGCCGGCUGGGGCUGAUACUACACAGCCUGGCGUGGAGGUUGACUCACUCCAUCUGCGGGCACCUCCUCCACCAGUGGCUGAUGUCUCUCUUGCCAGCCCCAGUAGCUCCACAGAGACCAACCCUGCGAACUACUUCUCUUCGGGCCUCCCAACGGUUUCAGUGGAGCCGCUGGCUCCCCUUGAUGUGGUUUCUGAGAAUCUGAGGGUGGUGGAACCAAGGGGAACUGGAGGACCACUGCAAGGCUUCUAUCCCCCAGCUUCGGCUGCAGUCCCAGUCCCAGCCCCAGUUCCAUCGCAGGCUCCAGCCCCAGCAGAAGCGGAGCUGGUCCAGGUGAAAGUAGAAGCUAUUGUGAUUUCCGAUGAGGAGCCCGAUGCCUCGGAGGAACAGCCUCAGGGUCCUGAGGGACUGUUCCCACCUGGAGCAGCAAUGUAUGGUGAACAGCCCCCACAGCCAGAGGCCUUUGAAGAGCCAAGGGCAGCAGGACUGGAGGAGGUGGGGGCCAGUGACCACUUCCUGCCGCCAGAUCCUCACCUACCCUACCAUUUGCUGCCAGGUCCAGGGCAGUAUCAUCGAGGACUGGUGACCUCACCCCUGCCCGCUCCGCCCACCCUGCACGAGCCACUCUACCUGCCUUCUGAGUAUGAAGCAGCCCCAGGAAGCUUUGGGGUUUUUACUGAGGAUGUUCCCACUUGCAAGACAUGUGGGAAGACCUUCUCAUGUUCUUACACGCUACGGCGCCAUGCCACAGUGCACACGCGUGAGCGACCCUACGAGUGCCGCUACUGCCUGCGCAGCUACACGCAGUCAGGGGACCUGUACCGCCACAUCCGUAAGGCUCACAAUGAGGACCUGGCCAAACGCAGCAAACCGGAUCCAGAGGCUGGCCCCCUCCUGGGAGUGCAGCCCAUCCCUGGCUCCCCGACAGCAGACAGACAGAACAGCAGUGCUGGAGGGCCACCCAAAAAUUUUGUACUUGGCCCCAAAAACUAACAUCUGUGAGAGCACGCCCUGAUGCUAGGCCUGCUGUUGCCACUGUUAGGGGGCAGCACGGAAGGUGGGAAGCAUCUCAUUUCCCCUGCUGGGGACAGAAUGAAGAUUCUGCCCAGGCUGUAGGUUCCUACCCUUUUCUUUUCCCAGCCAGAUAGCAGGACUUUAUGGGGCAUCGCAUCUCAGUCAACUCCUCACCAAGGGCACCGGGAAUUUUCCCGAGGUGUAAUCGCUUCUCACUCUGCAUUUGGACCCAUAAAGCUAGCAGUGAAAAGUAUCUCUCUGAACUGGUCUUGGCUGGUUUCUUCCACAAACCUGCAUGCCUGCUGAUUCUUUCACAGCUCUCCUCCAGACCUUCUAGGAAUCUGAUACCUGUACUUGGGGUAGGGGUGGGGGUCAGGUUGUUUAUGAGGAAAAAAGUGAGAGAGGCAGAGGGCAGUGUAGACUUGACUUAGGAAAAGUGUACAAAUUAGGGAAUUUCACACAAUUAUGGUUUAUUGUUGUAGUUGAGCUCCUCCUGUGUCCUGGGAUGUACUGGGCACUUCACAUAAAUACUCAUUUAAUCCUCAACAACUUUAUGAGGUAUUAUCCCUCUCCCCGCUUUUUUCCCCACAGACAAGGAAACUUGAGACUGAACAAUCAACGUUAACUUGUUCUAGGUCACAGAGCUAGUUAAGGGGCAAGCCAGAUUUGAACCCUGGCUUAUGACUUCAGAUACCAUGCUGGUUUAAAACACUGUUGAAGAUGGUUAACUUUGAACUAGAAGUUGUUUUCUUUUUUGACCUUUUGAGUGUUUGUUUGGUUUUGUUGCCUUACCCCUUUCCCUCUGCUUUCCAUGUAGAAAGGCCUUUGAUUGACUGUUUCAACAACAGAUACCGUAUUGAUGGCUUGAAAUUUUUGCCUGCAUGUCUUAAAUGUGCAUUGAGGUCUCUGAAGAUGACAAACUGCAAGGCAGAAAACACUAAGCUCCACGGUGGUAGGCGUGUGGGGGCAGCUGGAGGACUUGUGAAAUGGAAAUGAUGGGCGCUUGGGAAAACUAAAGCAAGAAACUCUAGAUGAGACAAUCUUAGAGUUCAUCUGGUCUAACUCCCUCACUUAAAAGGUGUGAUGACAGCCUAGACAGGUCAAAUUACUCAUGUACGGUCACACAGGUAGUUACUGACAGUAGAGAUAGCAAAGAAAUGGGAAUUUGGGGUGUUGAUGUGGCAUGGGGGGAAAAAGCAUUCUAGGAAUGUAAGAGAAGGGUCUGCCCCUGCCUGUGGUGAAGAGUGGUGUCUGUAGGAUGGACCAGAGGGCUUCCCACAAACUCUCUCUCUUUGGCACAUAAGGAACUGAGUGCAAAAAAAGCAGGAAGGAGUAUUUAGAAAAAGAUGAAAAUAUGAGUGAAUGUUCUGAAUUUCUUCUCUCUCUUUGGAUUUGUCACAUUCAGCCCUGUGAACUCUCACUAGCAAGUUGUUUUUGAGUCAUAGGAAGGAGACAGAGCUGAGCAUCAAAGAUUUGGCCAAAGAAAGCUCCUUACUUGGGUUAUUAUGGGAAGCAAAAGUUGACGCUUAACAUUUCCAUGGCUGAGAGACUGAAUUCUACGCUUUUCAUUUUUCUUGUGUUGGAAUAAUCUUUUAUUUUUCAAAUGGCUAAUUUUAUUUAUGCAAAUACAUUACUGCCUUAACUCCUUGGUGAAACAAGACAAGAUAUACAUACAUACAGUAAGAGUUAUUUUAGCUGACUGGAGCACCUUUUCCUGGAGUAAGAAUCACAUCAAAACGCCUAUAAGAAUCAGUUGCCGGGCUUCCCUGGUGGCGCAGUGGUUAGGAAUCCGCCUGCCAAUGCAGGAGACACGGGUUCGUGCCCCGGUCCGGGAAGAUCCCACAUGCCGCGGAGCAACUAGGCCCGUGAGCCACAGCUACUGAGCCUGCGCCCCUGGAGCCUGUGCUCCGCAACUAGAGAGGCCGCGAUGGUGAGAGGCCCGUGCACCGCGAUGAAGAGUGGCCCCCGCUCGCCGCAACUGGAGAGAGCCCUUGCACAGAAAACGAAGACCCAACACAGCCAAAAAUAAAAAAUAAAUAAAUUAAUUAAUAAAAAAAAAAAAAAGAAUCAGUUGCCUUU